AUGCCUCAAAGUCAUCCUGCCAUAACUUACCUCAUCUUGCUGAUUAUCCUGACAGCUUUUACCUCUGCAUUACAAGAUGCAAAUGCCUCCUGCCAGCUCCUCGAAUCCCUCAUACCCAACCGCGUAGCAUACCCAGAGACGCCAUCCUACAACGAAUCGAUAUCGUCAUACUACUCCGGCCAGGAACGCGACAUCCGGCCGGGAUGCAUCUUCCAACCCGAGACCGCCCACGAAGUCUCUCAGUUCAUCAAGCUCAUCACUAGGAAAGACGCAUUAUGUUCCCGGGCACCCCCUCAAUUCGCCCUCCGGAGCGGGGGGCACAUGAUCUGGCCCGGCUCAGCCAACAUCGACCAAGGCAUCACCGUUGACCUGCGCAAGCUGAACUCUCUCGUAUUGAACGAGGACAAAACUGUAGCGUCGUUAGGGGUCGGUGGUAUCUGGAGCUACCCACAACUCGUCCCUCACAAUCUGACCGUCAUGGGCGGGAGAGUAACCGGCAUUGGUGUCGGAGGUCUUGCUACAGGUGGAGGCAUCCACUACCUCGCCCGCCGCCACGGCUGGGUCUGCGACAAUAUCCACACCUACCAAAUCGUCCUCGCCAGCGGCGCCAUCGUUGAAGCCACGGCGUCCUCCCACGCGGACCUCUGGCUCGCGCUGAAAGGCGGCUCCAACAACUUCGGCAUCGUCACCCGCAUCGACGUCCCAACCUUCCCGAUGGGCGAUAUGUGGGGCGGCACCGUGGCCUUUGAGUACACGAACGAGGUCCUGGAGGCGCAUGCACAGGCGUUCAGUAACUUCAUGAGUGCGGAGAACUUUGACGAUGCCGCUGAUAUGGGCAUGUCCUUGCUCUUCGACCAGGGCAACUACGCAGUCGGCGAUGCGCUGUAUUAUGUCAAGCCCGUCGAGAAUCCGCCAGUGUAUCAGCCGCUCACGGCGAUUCAGCCGCAGGUUGGGAGUUCGUUGCGGAUUGGGAAUGCUAGUUCCAUGACUUCGGAGGCGAACGGCCUUCUUCCGCCUAAUACCACGCGCGCAAUCGAUAUCGUUUACUCCUUCAAGAACGGCGACUUCAGCGUUUACUCGGAGAUGUUCAGAACCUGGGAGGAAAGAACCAAGCUUUUGGCACACAUAGAGGGGCUUCAGCUCGUCCUUCUCAUCCAACCCCACCCAGUGACCAACGGGACCAACUCGCUCGGGCUGACACCAGAGGCAAAGGACGAGGUGAUGUCGGUUUUGACAGCAGCUUACACGAACCGGGAAGACGAUGAUGUGGUGCAAGCAGGGAUGCAGAGCAUCAUUGACGCCCACAAGGACAUGCUGCAACAGCGCGGACUUCUAAUCCCUUUCCAAUAUCUCAAUUACGCAGACAUCACGCAAGAUCCGAUCGGAAGUUACGGACCAGAGGUGAAAGCGAGGCUGCAGGCUGUCAGCAAGAAGUAUGAUCCUGAAGGCCUGUUUCAAAAGAACGUCCCAGGUGGGUUCAAGGUGUUCUAG